AUGGCGAACUGCGACAUCGUGUGCAUAGGACAACAGGCGCUCAAGCAGACGUUCGCGGGCGUGAUCAGGCAGCAAGACGUGCGCGCGACCGAAAUAGACAAGGUGGAGAUGGCCAAGUGCUACCGGCCAGGAGACAUCGUGCGCGCCGAGGUGCUCGCGCUGGGCGACGCGCGGUCGUUCCAGCUCACGACGGCCAAGGACGAGUACGGCGUCGUGUACGCGAAGUGCGCAGUGUCGGGGCAGGCCAUGGUGCCCAGCAGCGCGACGGAGAUGGCAUGUCCUGAGAGCCGCGUCGUCGAAGCACGCAAGGUGGCCCAGAGCUAA